GACGCGCUGGUGGCGGCGAGGACCGAGACGGGGGCGAGGCCAUGUCGGACCUGGGCUCGGAGGAGUUGGAGGAGGAGGGAGAGAACGAUCUUGGGGAGUACGAUGGGGAACGGAAUGAGGCAGGUGAACGGCACGGACACGGGAGAGCAAGGCUGCCCAACGGGGACACGUAUGAAGGGAGCUACCAACACGGUAAAAGGCACGGCCAGGGGAUCUACAAGUUUAAAAGCGGCGCUCGAUACAUAGGAGAAUACGUUAAAAACAAAAAGCAUGGCCGUGGCACUUUCAUAUACCCAGAUGGAUCAAGAUAUGAAGUAUUUCAGAAAUCAGCAGGAACCUGCUCGGAGGUGAGUCGGCGGGGACAAUCAGUGAGGGAAGAGUCCAUGCACAGACGCUGGUUGGCAAAGGUGUGGCGUCCAGUCACACGGAACAGGUGCACAGGGGAGUGGGCGGAUGACCGAAGACACGGUUACGGCGUCUACUACUACGUCAAUAACGACACCUACACCGGAGAGUGGUUUGCUCACCAAAGGCACGGGCAAGGCACCUACUUCUAUGCCGAGACGGGCAGUAAGUACGUAGGCACCUGGGUGAACGGACAGCAGGAGGGCAUGGCCGAGCUCAUUCACCUGAACCACAGGUACCAGGGCAAGUUCUUGAACAAAAACCCCGUCGGCCCUGGAAAGUACGUGUUCGACAUUGGAUGUGAGCAGCACGGGGAGUACCGUCUGACAGAUGUGGAAAGAGGAGAAGAGGAAGAGGAGGAGGAGGUGACCCUGAUGACCGUCGUUCCAAAAUGGAAGGCCACCAGCAUCACAGAACUGGCUCUGUGGACACCGACCCUCCCCGAGGAGCAGCCACCUGCGGACGGGACCAUCCAGGAAGAGGCUCCGGGACCCGAGGGUGGCGGGGAGCCCGCGGAGGACGACCAGGCUCUGGCGGACCUUUCCGAGGGGGAGGCUGACCUCACGAGGCCUGGGGAGGGCGACGAAGACGCCACCAAGGAGGAGGGGCGCGAGGAUGGCCGAGAGGAGCUUCGAUACGGCGCCAUCGACCAGGGAAAUGUUAACUUUGAAGAAGAGGAAAGUAAGCAGGGAGAGCAGCCCGCGUGAGGGGAAGCAAACGGGAAGAGUAGGAGAAUGCAUCACAAACUCGCUGUUACUUGGCCCGCUGACGCGAGUCUAUCCAACUGUCUUACUAGUUGUUUAUAUGGUGCACUAUAGUGACAAUACGAAUAAAUUUCUUCCUCAUCCUUUGCUUA